AUGCCCUUUGCAGGAAAUGCGCUUCGAAAUGCUGCGACAGCGCUGGCUACUCUGUCUUGCAGCCGGUGGUGGUGCAUUCCACCACCAGCAACAGCAGCGCACGUAGUAGCAGCGAAAGCAGCAGCGGGAGCAGCAGCAGUGCGUUCUUCCAGAGGGGACCCCAGAUAUGCCUUCCGGGUUGCUUGCGCUGGUACUGCUUCUACAAUUGUUUACGGUGGUGGCAAUUGUGGCUUUGCAGCCUCGCGUUGUUUCUACAGCGGCGGCAUGUUGUAUUCCUCUGGCUCAACAAAAGCUCCGAAGACUCCAUCAAUAGCAGCAGCAUCACCUGGAUUAGCAGGAGGUUCAGCAGCGGGGGCAACAGCAGCAACAGCAGCAGCAGGAGAGGUAUGUUUUGCUGUGCCUCCUCGCUGCAUCAGCGUCGUGCGGGGGCCUGAAGCGCUAUACUCUGCCGUCUUGGAGCUUAUCUCUUCAGCGCAGCGGCGGCUGUUGUUCUCAGCUCUGUAUGUGGGGACAGGACCUAAAGAAAGGCAUUUGUUACAGCUUGUGCAGCAGCAGCAGCGACAACAACACCAGCUGCAGGUGCGUCUGCUGCUGGAUCUGCUUCGCACGACGCGGCCAGAAGGCGCAUCAGGGGAGAGUUCUGCAAGGCUGCUGCAGCCGCUGUUAGCUUCUGAGCAGCAUCACAAGCAGCAGUGGAAGCAGCCUCGAGGCAGCAGCUGCCGCGUCUCUCUCUUCUGCAACCCGCUAACCUGCAGCAACCCCUCCACCCACAGCAGCAGCAGGAGCGGUAGAUUGUGGGGUUUUUUGCAGGGGUUGGUGCUGCGUGUGUUGGGUCACCGGGCGCAAGAGGCGUUGGGAACGCAGCAUAUGAAGUGUAUUGUCAGCGACGACCUGCUGCUGCUAACAGGCGCCAACUGCAGCGGAAACUACUUUAGCAACAGAACAGACCGAUGCUUAUUGGUGCGCUGCAGACACCUUGCAGACGCGGCGGACCGCAUUCUUGCUGCUGUAGAGGCGCACUCCUUCAGGCUGUGUACCAACCCACCGCCGCAGCAGCAACAGCAAAACCAGCAGCAGCAGGAACACAGGUCUACAAUUACUUUGGGGGGCGCCCUUUGCUAUUGGCCAGAGACAAAUCCUUCCGAGCCGCCAUCAGUAAACCCGCAGCAGUUCUGCAGGAGUCUGUCUCAAGCACUUGCUGACGCAAUCAAAAGCAGUACCAGCAACAGCAGAAACUGCAGCAACAGUAGCAGCAACAACGGCGAAUGCGGCAACAACGGCAAAUGCAGCAACAGGACCCUCGGAAUCAACAGCAAAGCCGGCAACAGCAAGAAUAACAGCCACAUAACCAGCAGCGUCAGCAACCAAACAACCACCAGUAGCAGCUCUGAGUUGUGCCUGGUGACUCUGUCUGUGCAGGCCGGGUUUGCUUGCCCCCCAAUGAGAGGCCAAGACGUGCUUUUGGAACGGCUUUGUGCAAUUGCUGCUGACUCUGUAGCUGCUGCUGCUGCAGGAGAGGGUACAGCGGCCGGAACUUCACCAGCAGCACCAGGCGACAUCGUAGCAGCCCCUGGGGGCCUGCACGUCGUUGUUGCCUCUCCAUAUCUCAACUUUCCUGACGCAUUCCUGCAGCAGCUGCAGAAUCUACUGCAGCAGAUGCGCGGAGCAUGUGCAUCUUCUGCUCCCCUACCUCCUAGCAGCAGCGGCAGCACAUGCAGCAGCAGCAGGGUCCGGAGGAGGGAUUCUCGUUUGCUGGUCAUAACUGCCUCGCCAGAGGCGAACAGCUUUUUUAAAUCGAAGGGCCCUUCCUUUUAUAUUCCUGCUGCCUACAGCGUUGCUGCGCAUGAAGCUUCUCUGGCCCUACAAGCCUCCGCUGCAGCGUGGAAAGCAGCACCUGCAGCAGCCCAGACUGCUCCUCCUGCUACAGCUACGGCCGGAGUUAAGAGGGCCGUUCGUUGCAUUGGACAGCAACGCCAGCAACAGCAGCACGCAGACGAUAAUUUGCUGCUGCUUGAGUUUGCGCGCCCCGGCUGGACUUACCAUGCAAAGGGCAUUUGGCUGUUUGGAAGCACAAGCAGCAGCAACACCAGCAACACCAACAGCAGCAGCGAGAGUGAUGGUGGCGCAUGCGUAACUACUCCCAUUUUGCACAGCACUCGUGAGUUGCUGCACAACAGCCUCACAAGAAACCCUGCCAGCAAUAGCAGCUGCAGCAGCAACUGCGUCUGCAGCAGGAAGAUUUGGGCUGCAAUGAGUUUAUUAGGCAGCUCAAACUUAAGUGUGCGUUCGAGUGUACGCGACUUGGAGCUGCUGUGUCUGUUGCGGACUCGCGACGAGCAACUGGUGAAGCAGUUGCAGCAGGAAGUGUACGACGUGCUGCUGCCCUUCUGUGUGCCUGCAGCAGCACACGUCUUCUCCAGUAGAUUUCCUCUCUGGCUUCAGUUUGCUUUCAACAGCUUAGGGCUCCGCUCCCUCCUCUAA